AUGCAUCAAAAGGAAGAAUAUGUGUCAACUGAAGAAGAUGAAUCAUCCUCAAAUUGCAGUUUUUUAAAGAAAUUAGGUACAAAUAGUGACAAACAGAUACGAACACUACCAGAUGUUUUACAUGAUAUGAACAUAAACAUAGAAGAUACAUCUAAGGAAUACGCUAAAAAUACGCGUAAGUCUAUUAAUACAUUCUUGGCAAAAAAUUAUGUUCCAGCUAAACUUAUCUCCAAACCUUUGUAUCCAGCUAUUAUUUUAAUGUUUACAUUUUACAUUUUAUCGUUAUUAUCUUUAUAUCCUUAUGUAACAAUAAAAGAUAAUAAGUCAAAUAAGUUAAGAUAUAACAAUUCAUAUUAA